AUGUCUAUCCCAGACACUCAGUGGGCGCAAGUUGUCGAGAAGAAAGACACUCUCGUCUACAAGCAGAUCCCCGUCCAGAAACCUGGCCCCGAUGAGGUCCUGGUGAAGAUCAAGUAUUCCGGCGUCUGCCACACGGAUCUGCACGCCAUGAAGGGCGACUGGCCCUUAGCAUCCAAAUUGCCGCUUGUUGGCGGCCAUGAGGGUGCUGGCGUUGUUGUGGCCAAGGGUGACCUGGUUAAAGACAUUGAGAUUGGUGACUACGCUGGAAUCAAAUGGCUCAAUGGCUCCUGUCUGGCUUGUGAGUUCUGCCGGCGGUCCGAAGAGCCCUUGUGCCCACGCGCUUUACUCUCUGGGUAUACCGUCGACGGGACUUUCCAGCAAUAUGCGGUUGCCAAGGCAGCACAUGUCUCCAAGAUUCCCAAGAAUGUGCCCCUUGAUGCUGUUGCCCCCGUUCUGUGUGCUGGUAUCACUGUCUACAAAGGCCUGAAGGAGGCAGGCGCCCGGCCAGGCGAGACAGUCGCCAUUGUCGGUGCUGGCGGUGGUCUUGGGUCCCUCGCUCAGCAGUAUGCCAAGGCGAUGGGGCUCCGAGUCAUCGCCAUCGACGGCGGUGAUGAGAAGAAGGCCUUGUGCGAGCAGCUCGGAGCCGAAGCCUAUGUCGACUUUACCAAGAGCAAGGAUCUGGUCAAGGACGUGCAGGCCGCCACCCCAGACGGACUUGGUCCGCACGCCGUCCUGCUCGUGGCCGUCGCUGAACUGCCCUUCCAGCAAGCCUCCAGCUACGUCCGGCCGCGUGGAACGAUUGUGGCCAUCGGCCUCCCGGCGAAUGCAUACCUCAAGGCGCCCGUCUUCGAUACAGUGGUCAAGAUGGUCACCAUCAAGGGUAGCUAUGUGGGCAACCGACAGGACGGCGACGAGGCGAUUGACUUCUUUGCGCGCGGUCUGAUCAAGACUCCGUACAAGGUGGUGCCGUUGUCCGAACUGGGCAAGGUUUAUGAAUUGAUGGUGUUCUCGCACGAAUAUCCACUGGCUGAGGAAGUGACCUCGAAGGUGAAUGUCGACGUACAACAAUGUUCAUCCCUGGUACUUAGGUCGGUGGUGGGCAGGAAAGACUGUAAGGCGAACGAAGACGCCCGAACCGCUCCGGACCGGGUAUGGACCGUCCCUCAUAUCAAGAGAAUAGACAGCUGCCGCGCGACAAAGAACGCCCGAGAAGGAAAGGCGCCACGGCUAGAGAUAUCAGCUCUCGAACAAUGCCCUGCUGGCCAUUGUUCGCCGGGAAUGGACGGGUCGCUGGACGAUAGAUGCGCAGCAGCUCCUGGCGAUCGCCUCGAAGCGCAGCAGACGGUCACGGCGGUCAGCGUAAUACCGAUACAGGCCCGUGGCGGCGGGACGAGAUCGCCCGGGGACAGCGAAACAAUGCCAAUCGCCCAGGUCAGUUACCCGCGCUGCGAGUUCGUCCUGCAAAGGGGAAAAAUGGAAAAGAGGCUCAGGCUCAGGCUCACGCAACAAACACCGCUUCGUUCCAUGAAGCCGCUCUCCACCACCAUCCCAUCUCCCGCCACGUCGCUCCCUCUGCUUUUUCCUCUCCCUCUCCCUCUUUCCAUCCCCAUCCCCCAUCCUCUCCACCACCUUCCAUCCGCUGCAUCAUCCCAACAUCGCUCUGCGCCCUCGCUACUGCUGUAUCGCCGCUCCAUCCGCGGCGCCGCCUGUCCCCCGGCACCGUGUCUGGUCGCUUCCACACACGCCCGGUCGCCCUUCUAUGCCAGGCCUGUGAGGACGCGAAAAAAAAUCUCCAACCGACCGCGAGACCUCCUCUUGACGACGCCACGCCAUCGCUCGUGUCCGGCAGACGCGUCCUCAAUCAUGACGGGGGCUCCACCAUACGGGGUGCACUCCCCAAACCAACAACCGCCGUACACCGCGUACUCGCCCCAGUCCAAGAAUCGUCCUUACUACCCGAACAAUGAACAGUAUCAGCAGCAUCAGCAGCACCCUCCCGAAACAUCCCAGACCUUUCCUCCCCCAUCAUCCUUCUCUCGCAGCCCGCAUUUUGGCCACCAGCCCUCUCCUCUACCCACAACCCUUCCCCCGCUGAACGGCAGCGCUCCUCCUCACUCGGACGCUUCGUCUCAGUACCAGACGCAACAUUCGUCGUCUGGCACGCCGAAUUUCCCCCUUCCACGGCCUUAUUCCAGCUCCGUCAUGCCGGGCACCACUGCUGCUCCCUAUGGUCAGCCGACUACGUCUCACGCCCACCCCUCCAGCCGCCCUGAUACGCUGUCGCAGUCUCCAAAGAAGGAGCCGGAGACUUCCUUCAACGGCCGCGGGAAUGGGGCAGGAUUCUCAUCCCACUCGCCCAUGAUGCGUGAGCCGCGGCCACCAUCGCCUAAGGAAUCGGUACGUGUUUCUGACUCCUUUCUUUCGCCGUCUGUCCAACUGACUGACGAUAAUCGACAGAAGCCUGCCAGAGCCGCCGAUCCCAUGUCGUUCGCCAGCAUCCUCUCAGAGCCAGCUGGAGAUCCCUCUCCCCGGCGGCCUUCUCCUCCACCUCCACCCGCUCCUGUGAAUAACCACAAGGAACCUGAGCCGGCUCCGGUGGCAGCGCUCCCACGCCUGGAGAAGAAACCUAGCAUCGAAAAGCGACGUCGCACGCUCGAUCCUCCACCCGCACUCGAGAAUGCUCCUCCACAACAAUCCUUUGCCAAUGGCACUAUGGAGCCGGGCAAGCCGCCAGUCCAGCCUCGUGUUGUGAAACCCCGACGGACCCUAACGGAACGGGACUUGGAAACUAUCAACAGGAUCGUCGCUGAAAUAGAUAAGGCAGAAAAGAGCGAUGUGGAGGAACCUGGCUUCGAGCAGGAAUGGGAGCGUUACGUCAUGAAAGGCAGGAAACGGGCCUUGGAGGCGGAAAGGUUGGAAGCAAAAGGCGCAAGGGCCGUGCACGAGGCCGCAGCGAUCGCGGACGUUCACCGAAAGGAGAUCCAGGAUGAAAAGGAACGCAAAAAGGACAUGCAACGGAAGCGUCGCCGUGAGAAUACCGUGCGUCUGGAGACUCAAAAGAAGCUUGAAGCAGAGCGGAAAGCGAACAGGACUUCGGACCUUGCUGAGAGGGAGAAAUUUCUACGCGAGGCCGAGAAGGCUCAGAAGAAAAUCAGGGGAGUCAAGAGAGCUCUGGAAAGAGGCAAUGCACCCGAAGAGAUCAGCGAAGUCACGCCUCUGGCACCUAACAUGGAGGGCGGCACCACCAGCUCAUUUCAUAUUGGCAGGGGAACAUCGCCUCCAGCCAAGAAGAAGUCGGCUCGUGGUGGUCCCGUCACCCGGCCCAAGAAGUCCAAGGAGAAGAAGCAAGCUGAGAAGGAUGCAGCCGAGGCAGCAUAUGCUGCAAUGGAGAGGGAGGAGCUCGUGCCAAUAGCACCCAAGGAAGAUCCUCGCCGAGAAUCCCUCAAGAAAGAGGGCAAGGUUGCGCGUUCAAAGGAGCCCACGCCUUCUCCGCUCUCCGCUUACGAGACCAAAGGCUACAACCAGAUCUACGAACAGAUCUGGCGGGAUAUCGCACGCAAGGAUAUUCCCAAAGUCUACCGGAUUAAGGCUCUCUCGCUCAGCACCCGUCAGGAGAAUCUUCGCAAGACUGCUCAGCUCGCCAGCAAGCAGUCUCGCAAAUGGCAGGAGCGCACUAACAAGAGCAUGAAAGACACUCAGGCCCGCGCCAAGCGGACGAUGCGGGAGAUGAUGUCCUUCUGGAAGAGGAACGAACGUGAGGAGCGAGACCUCCGCCGUCUGGCCGAGAAGCAGGAGCUUGAAGCCGCCAAGAAGGCCGAAGCCGAUCGCGAAGCCAACCGUCAGCGGCGGAAGCUUAACUUCCUUAUCUCCCAGACCGAGCUGUACUCGCACUUCAUUGGUCGCAAGAUCAAGACCGCCCAAGUCCAAGGUACCCAGGAUGCCACCGUGGAGACGACUGGCGAGACGGUGCAGCCCGGGAAACCCGAGGACCAUACUAUCAAUCUUCCUGAUAGCGUCGCCGAUCCGGGCACCAAAGUCACCAACUUUAAUGAACUGGAUUUCGAUGCAGAGGAUGACACUGAGCUCCGCAAAGCCGCCAUGGCCAGCGCUCAGAAUGCCGUCCAAGAGGCGCAGGCCCGGGCGCGCGCGUUCAACAACGAAGAGAACAAGAUGGCUGCGUUCGACGAGGGCGAGAUGAACUUCCAGAAUCCUAGCAGCUUGGGUGACAUUGAAAUCUCGCAACCGAAGAUGCUUACGGCUCAGCUGAAGGAGUAUCAGCUGAAAGGCCUCAACUGGCUAGUCAAUUUGUAUGAGCAAGGCAUCAACGGUAUCCUCGCCGAUGAGAUGGGUCUUGGAAAGACUCUUCAGUCCAUCUCGGUCAUGGCCUACCUGGCAGAGGUCCACAACAUCUGGGGUCCAUUCCUGGUCAUUGCACCCGCAUCCACGCUGCACAACUGGCAGCAGGAGAUCAGUCGUUUCGUUCCCGACAUCAAGGUGUUGCCGUACUGGGGUUCGGCUAAAGACCGUAAGAUUCUCCGCAAGUUUUGGGACCGCAAGCAUAUCACCUACACCAGGGAAUCCGAGUUCCAUGUCUUGGUGACCUCAUACCAGCUCGUCGUCCUGGAUGCCCAAUACUUCCAGAAGGUGAAGUGGCAAUAUAUGAUUCUGGACGAGGCUCAGGCGAUCAAGUCCUCACAGAGUUCACGUUGGAAGAGCCUUUUGCAAUUCCAUUGCCGGAACCGACUCUUGCUUACGGGUACCCCGAUUCAGAACAACAUGCAGGAACUAUGGGCCCUGCUUCAUUUCAUCAUGCCUACUCUGUUCGACUCGCAUGACGAGUUCAGCGAGUGGUUCUCCAAGGAUAUCGAAUCUCACGCCCAGAGCAAUACCAAACUGAACGAGGACCAGCUCAAACGGUUGCACAUGAUUCUCAAGCCGUUCAUGCUUCGCCGUAUUAAGAAACAUGUCCAGCAAGAAUUGGGAGACAAGGUCGAAAAGGAUGUCUUCUGUGAUCUGUCCUACCGUCAGCGCGCGUACUAUACUAUGCUCCGAAACCGUGUCAGUAUCAUGGAUCUCAUCGAGAAGGCGGCCGUCGGCGACGAGACGGAUAGCACUACCCUGAUGAACCUGGUGAUGCAAUUCCGCAAGGUUUGCAACCAUCCGGAUCUGUUUGAGAGAGCCGAGGUGCGAUCGCCACUGUCUGUCGCGCACUUUGCGGAGACGGCGUCCUUCCUACGCGAGGGUCAGGAUCUUGACAUUCGCUACUCGACACGCAAUCUGAUUGAAUAUGAGCUCCCGCGCUGGCUGUGCAGUGAUGGCGGACGUCUCGACGUCGCGGGGCCGAAUAACCCGCAGGCUGGUUUCCGUGGCAAAUAUCUCUCUCAUCUGAUGAAUAUCUGGACGCCGGAGAAUAUCAAGCAGAGUAUCGAAGAGGAUCAAGCAUUCUCUUUCCUGCGGUUUGUGGACACAUCCAUCGGUGAGGCCUACGAAACAUCCCACCUGGGCGUCUUUGAGCGGGCUGCUCGUCGGCGAGGCCAGACGAAUCGCCUAUCUCGCCUGAAUGUGGUCUACGACAAGGACGACGAUGACGAUGCUAAUUCUGUGCUGCCGCACUGUCUGUUCAACAUCGUCGAUCGCAAUGACCGCCAGGCGGUCCGGGAGGUGGCCACCGAAGGAUAUAUGCGCGAGCUCAUGAAUGUAUCGCAGGCAACCUAUGAUCGGGAGGGCUUUGGUAUUAUUGAGCCUUGCGCCAGCCCGGCGGCGUCGGCUCCGCCGAUCACCAUCUCUUGUUCAGGACAGGCUGCCAUCAAGGAGAUGCAGGACACUAUCUUCAACGUUCCCCUUCGCCAUGCGCUCUUUGGCGUGCCCAGCCGAAAGAUGGAAGAGCAGAUCGUGGAACAGAAGCUGGAUCCGGCUCCCUACUCUCAUCCUCCUAUGCUCCCGCCCCCCAUUUCCUACAAGGCCCGGUAUACGAAGAUCGAGAUGCCUUCGAUGAGACGGUUCGUGACGGACUCGGGCAAACUGGCAAAGCUGGACGAACUUUUGCGCGAGCUCAAGAACGGCGGGCACCGGGUGCUCCUCUACUUCCAGAUGACGCGCAUGAUCGACCUGAUGGAGGAGUAUCUCACCUACCGCAACUACAAGUACUGUCGUCUGGAUGGAAGCACCAAACUGGAGGAUCGUCGCGAUACCGUGGCCGACUUCCAGCAACGUCCCGAGAUCUUCGUCUUCUUGCUGUCAACCCGUGCGGGUGGUCUCGGUAUCAACCUGACGGCCGCAGACACGGUCAUCUUCUACGACUCGGACUGGAACCCUACCAUCGAUUCGCAGGCCAUGGACCGAGCACACCGUCUGGGUCAGACAAAGCAGGUUACGGUGUACCGCCUCAUCACCCGCGGAACCAUCGAAGAGCGGAUCCGCAAGCGGGCCUUGCAGAAAGAAGAAGUGCAGCGCGUCGUCAUUUCGGGCGGAGCUGCUGGCGGAGUCGACUUCAACACUCGCUACCGGGAGAACCGGACCAAGGACAUUGCCAUGUGGCUCGCCGACGACGAGCAGGCGGAGAUCCUCGAGCAGAAAGAACGAGAAGCUCUGGAGCGCGGUGAGGACUUUGGUGCCAAGAAGGGUAAGAAGUCGCAAACGAAGAAGAAUAAUAUUACGCUUGAUGAUAUGUAUCAUGAAGGCGAAGGGCACUUUGAUGAUAUCAGCUCGAAACCGUCAGGUGCAGCGACGCCACUCUCGGACAACAUCGGCUCGUCUGGAACGGGAAAGCGACGCGGGCGCGGGACCGCCAAAGGCCCGUCCAAGAGAGCCAAAACCACCAAAGAGCGGUUGCGGCUGAUCGAUGGCGAUAAUGAUGUGCCGAUGGAUGAGUAG